UCCCACGGGACAGUAGUGGACGUCCUGCCCCAGGACCUGUCACCUGGGCGUCCGUGGGCGGGAGCCGAGGGAGCGCCGGUGUCCACCCCGCACCCGCCUUGGGUUUUGCCUGGCGCAGGGGCCUGAGGCACGGGGGGGCCCACCGCGCCGUGUCCGGGGAAAGGCCCAGCAGGAACGAUGUCAGACCAGCUCUCCCUCUUCCUCCACCUCCUUCUGCUCUGCAAGUUGGCGGCCCCCGUGACCUUCAAGCACCACCGCUACGGUGACCUGGUGCGAACCCUGUACGAAGUGCACAACCAGUGCCGCUCCAUCACUCGGAUCUACAGCAUCGGCAGCAGCGUGCAGGGGAGGCAGCUCUACGUGCUGGAAUUCAGCGACCACCCGGGCCUCCACGAGCCGCUGGAGCCGGAAGUCAAGUACGUGGGCAACAUGCACGGCAACGAGGUGCUGGGCCGGGAGCUGCUGCUGCAGCUCUCUCAGUUCCUGUGCGAGGAGUUCCGCAGCGGCAACCAGCGCAUCAGGCAGCUGCUGGAGAGCACCCGCAUCCACAUCCUGCCGUCCAUGAACCCCGACGGCUACGAGGUGGCGGCCACCCAGUGUCUAGGAUCGAUCCCAGGGACUCAUUCAUGCAAGGGCCCAGAAAUCUUUGAGUAUCUGGUUGGCAGAAACAAUGCAAAUGGAGUGGACCUCAACCGAAACUUCCCAGAUCUCAAUGUCAACGUCUACCACAACGAGAAGAAUGGAGGCCCCAAUCACCACUUGCCCCUUCCAGACAACUGGGAAAGUCAGGUGGAGCCCGAGACCAAGGCUGUGAUCCAGUGGAUCCAGUCCUACAACUUUGUUCUCUCUGCCAAUCUCCACGGCGGUGCUGUGGUGGCCAAUUACCCGUAUGACAAGUCUCAGGAGCCCCGGCUGCGAGGUUUCCGCCGCACUGCAAACACCCCCACUCCUGAUGACAAGCUCUUCCAGAAGCUGGCUAAAGUCUACUCAUACGCGCACGGCUGGAUGUACCAAGGUUGGAACUGUGGGGACUACUUUCCUGAAGGCAUCACCAACGGGGCAUCCUGGUACUCUCUCAGCAAGGGAAUGCAAGACUUCAACUACCUCCACACCAACUGCUUCGAGAUCACCUUGGAGCUGAGCUGUGACAAGUUUCCCCGCCAAGAAGAGCUGCCGCGUGAGUGGCUGGCGAACCAGGAGGCUCUGGUCCAGUUUUUGGAAGAGGUCCACCACGGCAUCAAGGGCAUGGUACUGGACGAGAACUACAACCCGCUCCCGCAGGCUGUCAUUUCCGUCAGUGGGAUCAACCAUGACGUCACUUCCGGUGAAGAUGGCGACUACUUCCGGCUGCUACUUCCAGGUACCUAUGUUGUCACUGCCUCGGCACCCGGGUAUGAUCCAGAGACAGUGAGUGUGACUGUGGGUCCUGGAAACGCCAAACUGGUGAACUUCCAACUGAAGAGGAGCUCCCCUCCAGUCACCCCUACGAGAAGGGCUUCCCGCUCCCCGCCCGGAGGGAGAGUCCCCCAGAAGAAAGCGCAGCCCCGAGCCUCCAGGAGGAAAACGCAGGAGAUGAACUCCACAGUGCCCAGGGCCACGCUGUAGA